AUGACCACCCUCUCUCCUGAAAACAGCCUCUCGGCCAGGCGGUCAGCCUCCUUCAUCCUGGUGAAGAGAAAACCACCCAUCGACAAGACAGAAUGGGAUGGCUUCUUUGACGAGAACGGGUACUUGGCCAAGUCACGGGACUUCAUUUGUGUUAAUAUCCUGGAAAGAGGCCUGCACCCUUUGGUGAGGACAGAAGCGUGGAAGUUCCUCACAGGCUACUACUCAUGGCAGAGUUCCCGGGAUGAGCGGCUCACGGUGGACAGCACAAGGAGGAAGAACUACAAGGUCUUAUGUGAGAUGUACGAGAAGAUCCAGCCCCUUCUGGAAAACCUGCACCGGAACUUUAUAGAGACUCGGAAUAAUAUUGCAUAUGACAUCCAGAGACUCUAUGACAAAGACCCCCUCGGCAACGUCCUCAUCGACAAGAAAAGGCUGGAGAAGAUUCUUCUCUUGAGUUAUGUCUGCAACACCCAGGCAGAGUACCAGCAGGGCUUCCACGAGAUGGUGAUGCUUUUCCAACUGAUGGUGGAGCAUGACCACGAGACCUUCUGGCUUUUCCAGUUCUUCCUGCAGAAAACGGAGCACAGCUGUGUCAUCAACAUUGGGGUGGGCAAGAAUCUCGACAUGCUCAACAACCUGAUCAACAUCCUGGAUCCCUUGUUUGCUGAGCACCUAAGAGGGAAGGGUGCGGGGGCUGUGCAGUCCCUCUUCCCCUGGUUCUGCCUCUGCUUCCAGCGUGCCUUCAAGUCCUUCGAUGACGUCUGGAGGCUCUGGGAGGUGCUGCUGACAGGGAAGCCCUGCAGGAACUUCCAGGUGCUGGUGGCCUACAGCAUGCUGCAGAUGGUGCGCGAGCAGGUGCUACAGGAGAGCAUGAAUGGCGAUGACAUCCUCCUGGCUUGCAACAAUCUCAUCGACCUUGACGCUGAUGAACUGAUCUCUGCGGCCUGCAUGGUGUAUGCUGAGCUCAUGCAAAAUGAUGUUCCUCAGCCAUUAAAGGAUUUCUUUCUCUGA